UUCGCUACAUUGUAGCACUCUAUGGGAAUGGAAUUAUUACUUUAAUUUACAUAUUAUAUAUAUUAAUUUGAACCUUUAUUAUGCUUUCAUUUUGCCGCUAAAGCUUUUUUGUGAACUUCUUAUAAAGAAGAAUAUGAACGAUUUAUCAAAUAUAAACGUCAUCACAUAAAACAAAACGUCACUUCAAAACGAAAGCUCCGAUAAAUUAAUUUUGAUAAUACGACUAAGUAAAAUAAAUUAAGACCUUAAUUUCGUCGGUGUUAGUCAAUUUUAGAAUAAAAAUAGUAUUAGUGAAUAAAUGUUAAUCCAGAAUUAAAUAGAAACGGUUGUAAAAUUAUUAUUUUCUCUUGAGACGCUUUGGAGAGUCAAAAAGAGAAAUAUCAACAGAGCCGCUGAAAGCAACAAAUAUACAAAAGUUUAAACAAGCCCAAAGCCGUUCUACCCGUUCGCAACUAUCAAUAAAAACACUUGCAAUUGCAUUACAGCUUAAACAUUAUACAAACACAUAUAUCAGCUGAGAGAUUACAAUGAUACCGUUAACGCACAAGGAUCGUAGCAAUUUCAGCUAUCGCAUUAAGGAAAAGUUGAACAGUUUGAAGCGUCUUAUAUUUUCGGAUCGCAAUUCAAGAAAUCUUUUUCUCUUUCUGUUACUUAAUUUAAGCUUUGCGUUCGUGGAACUAUUUUAUGGCAUAUGGACGAAUAGUUUAGGGCUUAUAUCGGACUCAUUUCAUAUGUUUUUUGACUGCACCGGUCUAUUGGCUGGAUUAGUUGCUUCGGUGAUUACUAAGUGGAAAGCAAAUGAUAAAUUCUCUUACGGUUAUGUGCGCGCUGAAGUAUUAGCAGGCUUCGUUAACAGUCUAUUUUUACUGUUUAUCGCUUUCUUCAUUCUAUCAGAGGGUGUGGAACGGUUAAUUGAGCCCCCAGAGGUAAAACAUGAACGACUGUUUGUGGUAUCGGUGCUAGGACUGCUAGUGAAUCUCGUGGGUAUAUAUGCGUUUCAACACGGUCAUGGCCAUUCCCAUGGAGGAGGCGGUGGACAUGGUCACUCACAUGGCGGUAGUGGUCAUGGCCAUUCUCAUGGUAUAAACAACCACAUUGAUUUAAAUAAUCACAAUCAACAGACAAUAACUAUGGAUGUUGGGCAUGGCCAUAGUCAUGACGGAGGACAUGGACAUUCGCACGCUAUUGCCGAUGACAUCUCUGGGAACAAUUCACAAAUUAUGCGUGGUGUUUUUCUACAUAUUUUAGCCGAUACUCUUGGCUCUGUAGGUGUUAUUGUUUCUGCAGUGCUAAUGCAAAUGUUCGGUUGGAUGAUUGCCGAUCCCAUUUGCUCUAUAUUCAUAGCAUUACUCAUCGCUAUGAGUGUGCUAGGUCUUAUAAAAGAAUCGAUACUUAUAUUAAUGCAACGACAACCGUCAGCUCUGGAUCGUGCGCUGCCGCAGUGCUAUCAAAAGGUGACUGGGUUAGCAGGUGUUUACGCUGUGCAAGAUCCUCACUUCUGGACAUUAUGUUCGGACGUCUAUGUGGGUGCAAUUAAAUUAGAGGUUUCUAAAAACGUGGAUCCCAAAUAUGUUGUGACGCAUACACGCAUGAUAUUUGAGUCUGUUGGUGUUAAACAGAUAUUUAUACAGUUAGAUUACGUAUGAUAAUGACCAACUAUAAAGGAAUGCGUCUAACCGAAUAAUUUAUAUCCUGCAUCAAUUAAAUUGGGAUCAAGCAUAUGAGAACAAAACUUGUUUAUAUUUAAAUAUUUAAAGUAAGCUCUAUGCAUUUCUUUUUAUAAACGAAAUUAUUAGUUUUACUACUAAUUUCUCGCAUGUACGAUAUAAAUAGAUUAUGUAGAUAAUUUUCGAAAAAAAGAUUUGUCUCUAAAAUCAUAUUUUCUACUAAUUAAUUUUUUUUAUAUGCGUUCGUAAAAUAUUUGUUAUUAUGUAGCGAUAUUUAUUUUAUUAGCGUUGUAUGAAUGUAGGAAUAACAAAAUUGAGUUAUUACGAAAAUAUUGAAAAUUCCUUUAUUAAGGAUCUUAUUUAAUGAUUAUUUUAGUGAAAUCAUUCCAAUUCAAGAAUUAGUCAAAAGUCGAUCAACAUUUUAACUACAACGAGUGAUCAAAUCCUUGAAUAACCCUUAAACACAGUUAAUGUUAAGCGCGUGUUUGUACUCGUACUUAACUGUCUUGAAACAAUAACGAAGUCAUCAUUUAAUUUUGAUGAAGCUUAGCAAAUAGAUAAUAACAAGUGUGUAUAUUAAACGAUAUAAUGUACGUAUUAUAAAUAUAUACAAGAUAAAAAUAAAAUUUGUACUAAAAAAUCAUCAAGAUACAAUAAACUGUAAAGCUAACAUACGAA